GAAGAGAGGAUGGGAGGGAGGGAGGCUGCGAUUGGUGACACCACACGAAGCAGGAACAGAGAGAGAGGAGGGAGAGAGAACAGCGGUCCAACUAGAUCAGAUUGCAAAAGAUUGAUAGAGCUGCCUGGGAACAUUACACUUUGUUAAGAACUGUGAAGGGAAGACUAGAUGUUUUUAUCUAAGUAAAGGAUCGUAAGUAAGAAGACCAGCUCAAGAAACAGCCCAAAAGAUGGAGAUACAGAAACCCAAAUUUUCCUUUGGAUAGCUCUAAUUAAAAGCUGUGCACCUGCUUUACAAGCCCGAGAGUGCAGUGGCAGCUUAGCCCAAAGCUUCUGGUGUGAAUCGUGUGCAGGGCAGAGCUGCUUCUGGUCCAUGCUGACAAAGAUUCAAAGGGAGCUGCAAGGACUCAAGCAAGGAUGAAGAUGUUUAAAGAAAGUCUGUGCCUUCUGCUGAAGAUGAUGAUGGAGUGGGAUUCUUCAGUAUUUGAGCACCUGUAGUGGUGGAUCCAGAGAGAAUGACUAAGUUUGGUUAAUGGGAACACGGAGACAAAGAAGACAUCACUCAGUUCUGGAGCCUGGUGUAGGACAAGGGCCUGGAUUCAUGCUCAAAGCUCCCACCCUGCUGCCUAAAUGAGGCACUAAAAUGUGGCUAAGCCAGUGAUCAAGCUGUGAGGGGCCUUGAUCACAGCCUCCAAGACUGCCCUUCUGCUCAAACUCUGCAGCUGAAGGUGACGUCACGAGCAUGAGUGUGGGCAAAAUCAACCGCUACAGCAUUGUGUCUUCAGAGGAAGAGGGGCUCCGCCUCACUACCAUGCAUGGCAUGAACGGCUUUGGCAACGGCAAGAUACACACACGCCGCAAGUGCCGCAAUCGCUUUGUGAAGAAGAACGGCCAGUGCAAUGUGCAGUUUGCCAAUAUGGACGACAAGUCACAGCGCUACAUGGCUGACAUCUUCACCACGUGUGUUGACAUUCGCUGGCGGUGGAUGUUGGUAGUUUUUACUCUUGUGUUUGUUAUGUCUUGGCUGGCCUUUGGACUGGCCUUUUGGGUCAUUGCUUUACUGCAUGGGGAUCUGGAUAACCCAGCUGGAGAUGACAACUUCACCCCGUGUGUGCUCCAGGUCAAUGGAUUUGUGGCUGCCUUUCUAUUCUCCAUUGAAACACAGUCUACUAUUGGUUACGGCUACCGCUGUGUGACUGAGGAGUGCCCAGUGGCAGUUUUCAUGGUGGUCUUCCAGUCAAUUGUAGGCUGCAUCAUUGAUUGCUUCAUGAUUGGUGCAAUAAUGGCUAAAAUGGCAAGACCUAAGAAGCGAGCACAGACACUCCUGUUUAGCCACAAUGCUGUCAUUGCCAUGCGAGAUGGAAAGUUGUGUCUCAUGUGGAGGGUUGGGAAUCUUCGCAAGAGCCACAUCGUAGAGGCCCACGUCAGAGCACAGCUCAUCAAACCCCGGAUCACUGAUGAAGGGGAAUAUAUUCCUCUAGAUCAGAUAGAUAUUAAUGUUGGUUUUGACAAAGGAUUGGACAGAAUUUUUUUGGUUUCACCUAUCACUAUUCUCCACGAGAUAGAUGAGGAGAGUCCCCUUUUUGGGAUCAGCAAACAGGACUUGGAAACGUCAGACUUUGAGAUUGUCGUCAUUCUGGAGGGGAUGGUCGAAGCGACAGCCAUGACCACGCAGGCUCGCAGCUCCUACCUGGCAUCUGAGAUCCUUUGGGGUCACAGGUUUGAGCCAGUCCUGUUCGAGGAGAAGAACCUGUACAAGGUGGAUUACUCUCACUUUCACAAAACCUAUGAGGUGCCGUCCACCCCACGGUGCAGUGCCAAGGACAUGGUGGAGAACAAGUUCCUAGUCCCCAGCUCUAACACCUUCUGCUAUGAAAAUGAGCUGGCCUUCCUAAACCGUGAUGAUGAGGAAGAGGAGGACAUGGGUGGUGGGAGCAGGGUGCUGGCAAAUCUCAGUCCAGACAGGAACAGCCGACAUGAGUUUGAACGCUUACAGACAACCAGGGCCAUAGAUCAAAGGUCAUAUCGUAGGGAGUCAGAGAUAUGACCCCAACUUAAUGACCAAUAGGUGUCAGAAGAACAAACUUAAACAAGUGUAAAAUGCAGAGCAAUGCAAAGUGCCAUAGGAAGACACAACUAUAGUAAGAGCCUGGAAAAGAAAUGUAAUCAAAAAAAGGAACAUUACUUAGGGAAUGUGGAAAUGCAAGGAUGCACAGGUUAGAUGUUGGGUGAAAACAAGAAAAAUCUUCUUCCUUCACAAAAACUUGAAUGUUUUUUCACUUGGUCAUUUUGAGUUCAGAGUGUUUAAUACUAGUUCAUCGACAGCUACUAGGACAGAACCUUAUUAUAAGUCUUAGAUGUAAAUACAUUUCUUAGAUAAGCUGUUUUGUGUGCAGUAGCAUCUCUAAAACUGCACCCUGGAUAACUAUAAGCAGCUCUUUCAAUGUGUUAUUUACCACAAAUCAUGGAGUUAUAAGUCUCCUCCCAAGAUCAGCUGGUAGUGGUGUAAUUUGCUGGACAAACACAAACCAGAUGCAGCUUCCAAACACAAUGAGCCAUGACAUGUUUAAAUACUUGAUUUUAAAAUUUAGGUCCCAAAAGACAACAUUUUAAAAGGGAAAAGAUGCAAAAUUAAAAAAAAGCACUUUGAUUAUUAUGAAGAAUGUAUUACAAAGAAACUGUAUGAACCCUCUGUUAAAAAUCACUUAAUGCCUCUUACAAGCCAUCAAUGUCAUGACUAAGCUGCUGUAAAGCUAAAGCUACACAGAGAUUACAGGGUGACCUGAAGCACUAAUCAACAAUAAACAACCUAAAUGCAAAGGUACAAAAUACGAGUUUGUGUCCAUAAAGAAAAAACAAAACAAAAGAGCAGGGUUACCUUUGGAAGGCAUCAAGCUAACUCUAACCUAUAUGCUAGAAGUCAUGAAGUCGUUUUAUUUCACAUGGAAAUUAGAACAAACUAAUCACACAAUGUGUGCAUUUGCUGUCUUCAAAUGUUAAUCUAUGCAUAUUCCCAUUUCAGGGGACACCGUCUAAAAUUAUGUUAAACAAAGCUUUAAUCUAAUGUUUGGAGUGAGGGAAAAAAUGGAAAUCAAAUUCCGAAAAUUGCUGCUUUCUUUGUCAGAUGUGUUCAAAAUCUAGUUGAAUGAAAAAUUAUUUCCAAAUUCUUUCUUUGCAAAGUUUAAUAAUAAUAAAAUGUAAUGAUGAUAAAUAAAUAAUAAUGAGUUUAUUUAGUCUGGCCAGGCUAUUUAAAAUCAAUUUUAAAAAAGAAGGUUACAAAAAGAAAGAACCAUGUAGAGUAAACUGGAAGAUCUCAACAUUUUCACAACUGUUUUUCAAACAAUCAAAGAAAAAAAAAUGUGCAAAGCCCUAAAUCAUUUCCCAUUAGCAGUGAUUGAAUUUCCCAGUAUAGUUAUAGGGAGUCUGUCUCUUAAUAAACCAUACCGUAGUUGUAGAUGGAAAAAUAUCAUCAGUGAUUACAAUUUCAUAUGAGUAUAAAUAUUAGUACACUAGAGUACUUUUUUAACUGAUCCUUGCAGAAGCAAUAGUUAGCAUCUCACUGGGCUGCAGGAGUUUGUAACAAACUGUGAACACCUCUGAAGAGGUUCUAAGAUGUCCUAAAAUGUUUGUGAGGGUUCUUGUUUUUCAUCGGUGAGGCACACAGCCUCACUCUUGAGUCGCAUGAGUUUAGAACAUGUAUGUAAGAAAUCAUUUCUCUCAAAAUAACCACAGAGCUGUUUCAGAAGACCCAUGAAACUGAAAUGCGAUAAAUCGAAAGUUUUUAAAGUGUUGUCUUACUUACCAGAGGCAGCUACAAUGCUAAAUAAUUCACAUAAAAAUAACUCAAUAAUCAAGAUAUUUUGUGACUAAACUGAGACAAAACAAUUUGCACAACUUUCCUGAAAACUGUGUGAAUGUUCUACUUUGUUAGGAGUUUUGACAUACACACAAGUUCAGUUACUCUGAGGCAACAUUUGAAUAUUUUCUUGAAGUUCGGCGUUUCCUGACAGAAAGCCCAGUGAGAAACUACUUAAACAUUACACACUGUAGACAUUUAAAGGCAUUUUAGACAAAUCGUCAACAAACACAUGCCUGAGAGCUGAACUGAAGCAAUAAAGUCCAAAGCACAUUUUCAUUUGGUCAACUUAAAUAAGUUAUUUAUUUUUAUUAAUGAAAUUCCAAAGAGCUUUUUAAGGGGGUCAGAGGAGAAUGGUCGUGGCUUUAUUAUUAUUAUAAUUUUUUUUUUUUUUUUUUUGUAUUUUCAUGGAUACAGUUUCAUAUUUGAUACCAAAGUAACAGAGUGUUGGGUAAACUGAAGGUUUGAUGUGAUCAUUUUCCCAAAGUACUCCUCCCAAACCAGAUGAUUUGGACUUGAUAGAAUGGGUCACAUUUUUCUAUUUUAAACAGCAACAUGAAGAAGGUCACAAAAUAUUUCAACCAUUUAAAUUUACUAACAAAGCAACAUCAAGAUAAAUUUAGGUAUUAAAAACUCUCUUUCCUCGACGUUGACAACCUUCUUCUACUUCUGAUGUCUGGUCAAAAUCUAGAACCAGUAAAAUAACAAUCAUUGUGUCUAUUUCAUUAUUAUCUCCUUAAAUUCAUAUCUGGUUAUUUUAGUUAAAUUAAGGCAGUGGUGCCCGCAAGGGGUGGCUAGGGGUGGCCAUGGCCAUCCAUAAAAAUUUGAUGCCCCCCCCCCCCCAGGAAACACCAGUGUUAAUGAAAUCACACUAGUAUCUACUCAAACUAUAACAUCUUAUCUUGUUAAUUCAAGACAUAAAUGUAAAACACAAUAAAAAUUAUACAAUUAAUGAGUAUAGAAAUAAUCAGAAUAAAAAAUAU